CGCCCAAUGCCAUCUUAUGAUUAUCUACGUUGGGCAAUCGCCAGGAACCAAGACCUAGGGCCCCCAAAGCUAGGUAGCUUCCUUCAGGCUUCUAGACACCUGGAUAACGACGUUUGCCGAUUGUAGGCCAUUAUGAGAAUAAGCGAUCGCUUACUUUGGUCGGAUAGUAUCAGCAUCUUACUCUUCCAGUGUCACGCAACGCCAUAACAUACGCCAUUAGGUCUCUCUCAGGCUUCGAGUAACAUUGUGUCGCUCUUGCUACGACAUUGGUGCCAUAUAUUGAGUACUCUUGGAGGCCGUGGUGUCGUACCUUAUUAGGACAAUCACAUGACACUUCCAUUGUCACGAGCAGAGAACCUCUCGAGGAUCCCGAUCAUCCGAAACCUCUUCUAAUUGUCCCGUUGAGUCUUCUUUGAUUUAGAAACGGUCAUGAAUUGGACAGGAGGCCAUCUUCACAGACAUUCCAACAAUAGUCGCAAUGCAAACUCUAAGAAUCGAAGGAGAGACACUCAACAGUUCCGAUCCAAGAUAACCAAAGAUUCGAAUUGGUCCCCAUUCUCCUGCUUGCCAAGCUCAACAGUUGCCAGGGAGGUGGACGAAGAACAGGCGGAAAUAACUUGCAAUGAUGACCCGACUCAAGCAUCUAGUGCUAGGCGUUUGCAUUUACCAUCCCAUCAAUACGGAGAUCCACCCCUCGAAUCCUCUCGACAGUCGCAGCCAGUCAGCCGAUUAGACCGCAUCAAGCACCAGCUAUUGAAUGAGAAAGAUUGGGCCGCGGUCGCUGUCACCAAACCUCUCGAGGUCGCAUUCACACGAGCUGAGGAGAUUGAGAAAUUUGGAAAAAGAAGAAAGCUUACAGAGGCCGAUCGGAAAAGACUGGCGGAUUCUGAGAACAUUGUGUCCUGGACAGAACCGCCGUUCCACAAGACUGGUGGUGGGAGAGAUACACCAUCCGAACUGAGAACGAUCAAAAACCUCAACAUCACAAUUAACGGGCGCAAAGUGCCGGCGGAGAGCUUGCCUUCGGAAAGCAGUAGUCUUCAAGCAAACAAAUCAUCUCAGUCGAUGCUUUUGGAUCAUGAAUCAGCAUGCGCGGGAAAGCCCGAAACAGCGUAUUUAUCCAGCGUUCGAAACGGCGAAGGAAGCAUUCUUGGGCAGGGCUCCGAGGUUCUCAGCAACCCAGAUCAAUCGCCAUUGUGCCGUAAAGCUGUUAUGGAUACAAGCUCUGGACCGCAGAAUGGAAUCCCAGAUGUUGUAAAGAAAACUUCUGCCGACGAAGUGUCAGCUGUUGAGCAAAACUCAUCACACAGUAACCAGAACGAUAGCUCCGCUAGUGGGUUUCAAUCAUUGUUUAACAGAAGGAGAUUCACCCUUGAUGAUCAGGUCGAUCAGAUGAUUGCCGAGAAUGAGCGGAGGCUGCAUGCCACCAACAGGGUGAACAGAUCCGCCAAUGAGUUUAACCAGGAACGACAGGGAAGUUCCUACCACGAUUCCAUAUUCUCCCCGAAAACAAUGAAGGGGUUGAAUUGCUAUCUACGUAGGACAACACAUCAUCUGGAAGAGAAUCAGGUGCCUUCGAAUGCUGGUUGCAAUGAUCAAGCCCUCGGAUCAUUUCAUGAUAUACGAGCUCUACACGGACCGACUCAUCGCGAGGAGAACAACAGCCCAAUAUUGCUUAAAUCUCAUGGAACUAAUAUCACUCUGUCCUCUCCUGAAGAGUUGGACCCACCCACAUCACCGACGAAGAUUUUUGGACAACCAGUUGUGCUUGGCGAUAACGCAAUGCGAUCGUCAUGGAAUACGGAUCCUAAUACAUCAGUUCCAAACAGCUCAGCCAGAAAGCUAAAUGCAGCGGACAUAGGCUCUAGUCAGUUCAAAUCCUCUCUCAUGACUCACAUCGACUUAUCGCAAGAUUCGGACGCUCAAAACCAAAUCAUGCUCCAAACUCAAAGACCAAACUACAGGUAUGGUAAUGCCUUCUUGAUCCAAAAGCCAAGGACCAUGCUUCAUUCGCCGGCUGCCCUGCUCGAAGGCUUCCUCCAAUAUGAUCAAAAUACCUUCGGGCAAGGCGACAAGCAGGCAGAAUUGUUGGUACCGACCGUAGGUUAUCGGGACAACCAGCCUAGUAUUGAGCGGUUCUAUACCAAACGGACAUCAUCAUCCGAUACGCUCUCAUUGAAGUAGGAAUUUCGAUUCUACUU